AUGGAUAAGAAGAAUCAAACAAAGGUGACAGAAUUUUAUUUUUCUGAUUUCCCUCAGCUUGAGAGUGGUGGCCUUUUGUUCUUCAUCCUUCUGCUCUGUGUCUACAUGUUCAUCGUUGUUGGAAACUCCAUGAUCUUCCUGGCUGUGCAGCUGGAUGUGCAUCUGCACAACCCCAUGUACAGUUUCAUCAGCAUCUUCUCCUUCCUGGAGAUUUGCUACACCACAGUGACCAUUCCCAAAAUGCUCUACAACCUGGUCAGCAAAGAGAAAACCAUCUCCUUCAUCGGCUGCCUCGUGCAGAUGUAUUUUUUCCAUUCCUUUGGAGUCACGGAGAGCUUAGUCCUCACAGUGAUGGCCAUCGACAGGUACGUGGCCAUCUGCAACCCUCUCCGCUAUGCCAUCAUUAUGACUCCGAAGCUCUGCACACGGCUUUCCACGGGCUCUUUCACGCUUGGCUUCCUCAUGCUUCUCCCAGAGAUAGUGUGGAUGUCAACUCUGUCCUUCUGUGGCCCCAAUCAGAUCCACCAACUCUUCUGUGACUUAGAACCUGUGCUUCUCUUAGCAUGUACAGACACAUCUAUGAUUCUGGUUGAAGAUGUCAUCCAUGCUAUGUCCAUCCUGACCUGUGUCUCUGUCAUUACCCUUUCCUAUUUGAGAAUCAUCACCGUGAUCCUAAAGAUUCCAUCUGGCGAGAGCCGUCAGAAGGCGUUCUCCACAUGCACAGCCCACAUCACCAUCUUCUUGCUGUUUUUUGGCAGUGCGGCUCUCAUGUACCUGCGCUUCUCUGUCACCUUCCAGCCUCUACUGGAAAAGAUCAUUGCACUAAUGUUUGCGGUCCUUGCCCCGCUUUUCAACCCUAUAAUUUAUAGCCUGAGGAACAAAGAUAUGAAAGAUGCCAUUAAGAAACUCUUCUGUUCUCAAAAGAUAUUCACUGUCUCUGGGAGCUAAU